CAAUGAGAGCUCAUGAAGCUGUAUUUGAAUAGCAAGGCCAGCGAUGUGCUUUAAGAAUAAAGUUCCCUUUUAAAUAGUGAUUUGUAUAUACGAGCUAAGGCUUUUUCGUGUGGUUUAUCAAUAUCAUGGCGUUGACACGUCGUGCUAUCUGUAGGGAGGUAGAGAAUGUCGAUGUUCUGGAGCCUGUAAAGGGCAAAAGCCAAGUAGUUGGGACUAGAGCUGUUCUGGGUGAAAUCGGAAACAGAGCCGUAACACGGGGAAUGCAGCCAGCUAAGAAGGCUGAAAAGGCCAAGGUGCCAGCUAAAAAUGCAAAGCCUGUGGGGACUAAACCAAAUGCAAAGGUAGCUGUGAAGAACAAACCUACAGUUGUUGUGAAGCCAUUGAUUCGAGUUCCAGAACAGGUACUUCCAAAGCCACCACCCUCUCCAUCACCUAUGGAUGUAUCUAUGAAGGAAGACUUGUGCCAAGCAUUCUCUGAUGCACUGUUGAAUGUACAUGACAUUGAUGCAGAAGAUGCCAACAACCCACAGCUGUGCAGUGAAUAUGUAAAAGAUAUUUAUCAGUAUUUGCGACAACUGGAGGAACAGCAGCCCAUUUGUCAAAGAUACCUUCAGGGAAAAGAGGUAAAUGAACGUAUGCGCGCAGUAUUGGUGGACUGGCUUAUUCAAGUGCACAUCCGUUUUCAGUUACUGCAGGAAACUCUCUACAUGACUAUUGCAAUUAUGGAUCGAUUUCUACAGGUCCAGCCAGUUUCUCGCAAGAUGCUUCAGUUGGUUGGUGUGACAUCUAUGCUUUUAGCCUCUAAAUAUGAAGAAAUGUAUGCACCAGAAAUUGGGGACUUUGUUUAUAUAACUGAUGAUGCCUACACUCCUGCCCAGAUAAGAGAGAUGGAGAUGAUGAUACUGAGAGAGUUGAAGUUUAACCUGGGACGCCCAUUGCCACUUCACUUUCUGCGAAGAGCAUCUAAAGCUGGCAAUGCUGAUGGCAAGAAACAUGCACUUGCAAAGUACCUAAUGGAACUAACUCUAAUGGAUUACGAUAUGGUACACUAUCGUCCUUCAGAAAUUGCUUCGUCUGCCUUGUGCCUCUCUCAACUACUUCUGGAUCAAACUGAAUGGAGCAUUGUGUUGCAUGCCUACACUGGCUACACAGAAGAGAACUUGCUUCCAAUAAUGCAGCAUAUGGCAAAGAAUGUUGUCAAAGUUAAUGAAGGCCUUACAAAGCAUGUUGCCAUCAAGCUGAAGUAUGAAAGCAAAAACUUGCUGAAGAUCAGCACCAUUCCACAGCUCCGAUCCAAAACUAUUAAAGAUCUUGCUGUACCCUUUCUGGGAAGAUGACCUAUACACUUAAAACCUGUGAAUUUGCACUUUUACUUUGUACAUGAUGCUGCUAUUGUAAAUAGUUUGUUAAAAAUGGUUUUAACUUGCAGGAGUGGAAGAUUUUUAUAAGUUAGAAAUAAAAUAAUUUCUUUUUAAUGUU